AUGACCAUCACCAAUUCACACAACCCUGAGAAAGUCGACGUUGUCGUCGUCGGCGCAGGCCUUUCUGGUCUUCGCGCCGCUGUCGAUGUCCAUGAAGCUGGCCAUUCUGUUAUCGUUCUCGAAGCUGGCGACAGAGUUGGCGGCAAGACUCUGAGCGUCGAUGCCUCUCACUUGGAAGGUAAAGUCGAUCUGGGCGCCGCUUGGCUCAAUGAUACGAACCAAAGCGAGAUUUACAAGCUCGCGCAAGAGUUUGGUUUUGAUCUGAUCGAGCAGAGAGCCACUGGAUACAAUCUGCACCAGGAUUCAACCAGCAAUGUUACCAAGAUAAAACAUGGUACCGGAAUGCCUGUACCUCCAGAUGCAGCCGAUAUUGUUCAGAAACUCCUUGAGAAACUGAACAAGUGGGUUGACGAGAUUGACCCAGAGAACCCUUCGGCUCAUCCUGAAGCCGAGAUGCUGGACUCUAUGACGUUCAAUGAGCUCAGUGUAAAGUUUCUGGGUCCUGAACUUGGUCCUGCUGUUGCUGAUUCGGCUACGAGUCCCCUCUUGGGUGUUGGGCCAGAUGAAGUCAGCGCCUUGUUCAUGGUCGACUAUAUCCGCAGCGGCAACCAGACGUUUUCGGUCCGUCUAGCAGCAAAGCUCCCAGAGACAGCCGUGAGACUUCGCAGCCCCGUCAAGACAAUCAAACAAGGCUCUGAUGGUGUCUUGAUCGAAACAGCCAACCCAAAUCAGAACUUCCGAGCCGAGAGGGUCAUUGUCUCAGUUCCCACGUGUCUCUACCCUUCUAUCAAUUUCGAGCCGCCGCUACCAGAGAGUAAAAAGACACUAGGCGAAAGCACUGCACUAGGCUGUACGUCUAAAGCCAUCUUUGUCUUUGACAAGCCAUGGUGGCGCGACGCUGGUUUCAGCGGCAUCAUAGAAUGCGAGACAGGCCCAAUUCACUUCUCACGAGAUACAUGCUCACCAGAAGAUGGGCAGUACAGCAUCACCUGCUUUGUCGUGGGUGACAGAGGCAGAGACUGGUCCAAGUGGUCAUAUGCAGAGAAACGAAGAAUCGUGCUCGAGCAGUUCAACGGAGUCUUCAGUGGUGUCGGUGUAAAGGCACCUGAACCUGUCAAUAUCAUCUUGCAGGAGUGGAUCAAGCAGCCCUGGAUCUGGGGUUGCCCGUCACCGGUGAUGAUACCGGGAACGCUGACGAGUGAUAGUGGAAAAGUAUUGCGUGAGGUGGUUGGGAGAGUGCAUUUUGUAGGCACUGAGACUUCGUUGGUCUGGAAGGGGUAUAUGGACGGUGCGGUGAGGAGUGGGAUACGGGGAGCCGAAGAGGUUAUUCGGGCAUUUAAGAGAGAAUCAACAGAAUAG